AUGGCUGCACGGCCGACGAUCUUUUUGACGGCAAGUUCCACCGCUCCGGCCACCUGGGCCCUAUUCGACGCACCACAUCUGCUCUUUCUCGCUCGUCUCUCGGCCUACAUUUCAACCCAUCUUUCUCCUCCGGUAUCGCAUACAUCUGCGGCGUGGGCUGUGCAACAACAACCUUGUUCCCAAAAAGGGGCGCCAACUCCGCCAUUUUCAGGCUUUGCUUUGCAUUGCAGCAGCGUCUGUCAUCUGCAUUCUGCUUCGUCUUGUCUUGCACAGGACGCCGACUGGCCAUCUGAACUUAACCCUGGUUUGGUUUUGGCUCGAGGUCGACUGUGCCAAUUUUUUCAUAGCGAGCCUUUUUCCAACCGUCGACGCGUACGCUCAUCUCCGCCCGUACCAGACGUUAUCUCUGCUGCACUCUCGACAUCGUCUCUGCAUUCGAUUCCACCUUGCUCCGAGAACCGACCAGCACAUCGUGGGAACCCGGACUCUGGCCGCGCUGCCUGGUCCUCUAGUCCAACGCCGAGCUCGCCGAACUCGUCCUGGCCUCCGCUCUCUGGUGACAGCGCUCGUGUAGGAUCGCAAGGCAGCCCUCGUUCCUCGCUCCCUUCUCGAGCUCUCGAUUGUUCGACCCGUCCACCACUUUGUGCCAAGUCUGAGCUUGAGUUUAUCACCGGCAACUCGCAUCCAAACCAUACGCAACUGCAAAUCAGACACGUUGCGCUGCUCCUAACUUCGCGCAGAACCUUGAUCCUGGACGGUGCAACAACCCAAGCUAGUGGUACCGCGCUCUCUCGCUCUCUCAGCCCCGCUCAGCCGGUUCUGCUUCCUUUCGUCGCCGUCAAUCCAUUGCCACCACGCGGUCCCACCACUGCGCCUCCGCUGCUUGUCAUUGUUUUCUUCUUACGAUCGCUGCAAGCGACGGCUCCCUCGGCUCGCUUCAAGAUCACAACGUCAGCGAGUUUAUCACAUACAAGGUUGUCGCUCGACCUCGAUACAUCGGUUGACCGGCGCUGUGAGAAGACCGACGCACCCUCGUCAACCUCUUACUUUUGUCUUCUUCCGCCAAACUCACCCUGA